CAUUACAAUAUGGCCGCCCACAGUGAGCGGUCAGCUAGCAAGCCAAGCAUGUAAACACUAUUAAAUAGCACUACCAUGGGAUUAUCCUCAGUGCUACCUUGCGUCACAAUGUGGACACAAGUCCGCGCAGUUUGUACUCGAAGACACUCCGCGUGUCGAAGAAGCGGCUUCGCCGUAGCUCAUUUAAAUCCGUCAAGUUACCGACGUCAUGCUAACCACUUGAGCCAACAAGGGGCCUCACUUUACGGACAUCAUGCUGCCAACUGCAAAGCUCUGGUGUACAGAAAUCACGGAGACCCUUCCAGUGUCAUCCAGUUGGAGGAUGUGGAUCUUCCCCAGCUGGGUGCAAAAGAUGUUCUGCUUAAAAUCCUGGCAGCUCCCAUUAACCCGUCUGACAUCAACAUGAUCCAAGGCACGUACGCCAUCCUCCCCGACCUUCCUGCUGUGGGCGGCAAUGAAGGAGUGGCCCAGGUGGUGGAGGUAGGCAGCCAGGUGACGUCUCUCCAAAUAGGAGACUGGGUCAUCCCGAAAGACACUGGCUUGGGGAUGUGGAGGACAGCAGUCGUGUUGAAGGAGGACGAUGUCAUCUCAGUGCCCAAUGACAUUCCUGUGUUGUGUGCUGCCACGCUGGGGGUGAACCCCUGCACUGCAUUUAGGAUGCUAUCGGAUUUUGAGCGCCUCAAGCCAGGUGAUUCAGUUAUCCAGAAUGCAGCCAACAGUGGUGUUGGACAGGCGGUCAUUCAACUUGCUGCAGCCAGGGGAAUAAACACCAUCAACGUGGUCCGAGACAGGCCAGAGUUCACACAGCUCAGUGAUAGGCUGAAGGCCCUUGGAGCCAGUCAUGUGAUCAAGGAGGAAGCCCUCAGGCGACCCGAAAUGAAGGAACUAUUUCAGACAUGCCCAAAGCCUAAACUGGCCUUGAAUGCAGUCGGGGGAAAGAGUGCGACUGAACUGCUUCGUCAUCUCCAGCUUGGAGGGUCCAUGGUGACUUAUGGGGGGAUGUCCAAACAACCUGUGACUGUCCCGGUGAGUGCUCUAAUUUUCAAGGAUGUGAAAAUUUGCGGCUUUUGGGUGACACAAUGGAAGAAAGAGCACUCACACGAUUCAUCAGCAUUCCGCUCCAUGCUGGAUGAGCUGUGCUCCCUCAUCCGCCAGGAGAAGCUGAGCGCUCCCGCCUGCACCGAGGUCGGUCUCCAUGACUACAGCAAAGCUCUGGACGCCGCCAUGCAGCCUUUCACCUCCACCAAGCAGGUCCUGAUCACGUGACUCUUUGUUGGUUUGUCACGCAAUAAACACCCAACGCAUCA